AUGGGUGACACACUCAUGGCCGAAUUCGGGGCCGCGGCUCCUUACCUCCGCAAGUCGGACAAGGAACGUCUCGAAGCCCAGACUCGGCCCUUCGACAGCCGGAACGAGUGUUUCGUGCCCGACGAGAAAGAGGAAUUUGUUAAGGCCAAAGUGAUAAGCCGAGAAGGAGCCAUGGUCACCGUGCAGACGGAGAAUGGCAAGACCAUGACAGUGAGGGAGGCCGACUUCCACCAGCAGAACCCACCCAAAUUCGACAAGAUCGAGGACAUGGCCAUGCUGACUUUUCUGCACGAACCAGCCGUGCUCUUCAACCUGAAGGAGCGCUACGCCUCCUGGAUGAUCUAUACGUAUUCCGGCCUCUUUUGCGUGACGGUCAACCCAUACAAAUGGCUCCCCGUCUACAACGCUGAAGUGGUGGCUGCCUACAGGGGGAAAAAAAGGAGCGAAGCCCCUCCCCAUAUUUUCUCAAUCUCCGACAACGCGUAUCAAUACAUGUUGACAGAUCGAGAAAACCAAUCUAUCCUCAUCACUGGAGAAUCUGGCGCAGGGAAAACGGUCAACACUAAACGAGUCAUCCAAUACUUCGCCAGCAUCGCUGCCAUUGGGGACCGCAAAAAAGAAGUCACCAACUCCCCCAAGGGGACGUUGGAAGAUCAAAUUAUCCAGGCCAACCCUGCCUUAGAAGCCUUCGGCAACGCCAAAACUUUGAGGAACGACAAUUCUUCUCGUUUUGGUAAAUUCAUCCGAAUUCAUUUUGGGGCAACAGGCAAGUUGGCCUCCGCUGAUAUCGAGACGUAUCUCUUAGAGAAGUCUCGGGUGAUUUUUCAGCUGAAAUCUGAGAGGAAUUACCACAUCUUCUAUCAGAUUUUGUCCAACAAGAAGCCGGAACUUCUGGAUCUCCUGUUGGUCACCAACAACCCUUACGACUACCACUACGUCUCCCAAGGAGAAGUAACAGUGGCCUCCAUUGAUGACUCUGAAGAGCUAAUGGCUACCGAUAGUGCCUUUGACGUCCUGGGCUUCACCCCUGAGGAAAAAGUGGGUGUCUACAAGCUGACGGGGGCCAUCAUGCACUACGGGAACAUGAAGUUCAAGCAGAAGCAGCGAGAAGAACAGGCUGAGCCUGAUGGGACUGAGGAUGCUGAUAAAUCUGCUUAUUUGAUGGGUCUCAACUCGGCCGACUUAGUCAAGGGGCUGUGUCACCCCCGAGUGAAGGUCGGCAACGAAUACGUCACCAAAGGGCAAAAUGUCCAACAGGUGUAUUAUUCCAUCGGGGCCCUGGCCAAGUCCGUAUAUGAGAAAAUGUUCAGCUGGAUGGUAGUCAGAAUCAACAACUCUUUGGAGACCAAGCAACCUCGGCAGUAUUUCAUCGGUGUGCUGGACAUUGCUGGAUUUGAGAUUUUUGACUUCAACAGCUUCGAGCAGCUCUGCAUCAACUUCACCAAUGAGAAGCUGCAGCAGUUCUUUAACCAUCACAUGUUUGUGCUGGAACAAGAGGAGUACAAGAAGGAGGGCAUCGAAUGGGUGUUCAUUGACUUCGGCAUGGACCUCCAGGCCUGCAUUGACCUCAUUGAGAAGCCUCUGGGCAUCAUGUCCAUCCUGGAAGAAGAAUGCAUGUUCCCCAAGGCCACCGACAUGACCUUCAAGGCCAAGCUCUACGACAACCACCUGGGCAAAUCGGCCAACUUCGGCAAAGCCCGCAACACCAAGGGGAAACCGGAGGCUCAUUUUGCCCUGGUACACUACGCUGGCACCGUGGACUACAACAUCAACGGGUGGUUGGAGAAGAAUAAGGACCCCCUCAAUGAGACCGUGGUGGCCCUCUUCCAGAAGUCGGCCUUGAAGCUCUUGGCCACGCUGUUCUCCAGCUACGCUGGCAGUGAGGCGGGCGGAGAUGGCGGGAAGGGCAAAGGAUCCAAGAAGAAAGGCUCCUCCUUCCAGACCGUCUCAGCACUUCACCGGGAGAACCUCAACAAGUUGAUGGCCAACCUCAAGACCACCCACCCUCAUUUCGUGCGGUGCCUCAUCCCCAACGAGCGAAAGGCCCCCGGUGUGAUGGACAACCCCUUGGUCAUGCACCAGUUACGUUGCAACGGCGUUCUGGAGGGAAUACGGAUCUGCCGGAAAGGAUUCCCCAACCGGAUCCUCUACGGGGAUUUCAGGCAAAGGUACCGGAUCCUAAACCCAGCAGCCAUUCCGGAGGGUCAGUUCAUCGACAGCCGGAAGGGGGCUGAGAAACUUCUAAGCUCGCUGGACAUUGACCACAACCAGUACAAAUUUGGACACACCAAGGUGUUUUUCAAGGCAGGGCUCCUGGGUCAACUGGAGGAGCUGCGUGAUGAACGGCUGUCCAGGAUUAUCACCCGCAUCCAAGCCCGGGCGAGGGGCCAACUCAUGCGCAUUGAGUUCCGGAAGAUCAUGGAGCGGAGGGAUGCUUUGCUCAUUAUCCAGUACAACAUCCGAGCUUUUAUGGGGGUAAAAAACUGGCCUUGGAUGAAGCUGUUCUUCAAGAUCAAACCUUUGCUGAAGAGCGCGGAAACUGAGAAAGAAAUGCAGACGAUGAAAGAGGAAUUCGGGAGGUUGAAGGAAGCUCUGGAGAAGUCAGAAACCCGGAGAAAAGAGCUGGAGGAGAAGAUGGUUUCAUUGCUCCAGGAGAAGAAUGACCUCCAGUUGCAAGUCCAAGCUGAACAAGACAAUCUGAACGACGCGGAGGAACGUUGCGACCAGCUGAUCAAGAACAAGAUCCAGUUGGAAGCCAAGGUGAAAGAGAUGACCGAAAGGAUAGAAGACGAAGAGGAGAUGAACGCCGAACUGACUGCCAAGAAGCGGAAGCUGGAAGAUGAAUGUUCGGAACUCAAGAAAGAUAUUGAUGACUUGGAGUUGACUUUGGCCAAGGUGGAGAAGGAGAAGCAUGCCACGGAGAACAAGGUGAAAAACCUGACCGAAGAAAUGGCCGGUCUGGAUGAGAUCAUCGCCAAACUGACCAAGGAGAAGAAAUCCCUCCAGGAGGCCCACCAACAAGCGUUGGACGACUUCCAGGUUGAAGAAGACAAAGUCAACAGCCUGAGCAAAGCCAAGAUGAAGCUGGAACAACAAGUGGACGAUCUGGAAGGUUCUCUGGAACAGGAGAGGAAAAUCCGGAUGGAUCUCGAACGGUCCAAAAGAAAACUUGAAGGAGACUUAAAGUUGGCACAGGAGAACAUCAUGGACUUGGAGAACGACAAACAACAGCUGGAAGAGAAAAUUAAAAAGAAAGAGUUUGAUAUCAACCAGCAGAACAGCAGGAUUGAAGACGAACAAGCUCUGGCCUCACAGCUGCAGAAGAAACUCAAGGAGCUCCAGGCACGGAUCGAGGAGCUGGAAGAGGAGAUGGAGGCGGAACGCGCGGCUCGUGCCAAGGUGGAGAAACAGCGCUCGGACCUUUCACGAGAACUGGAAGAGAUCAGCGAGCGCCUGGAGGAGGCCGGAGGAGCCAACUCGGUGCAGAUCGAGCUGAACAAGAAGCGCGAGGCCGAGUUCCAGAAGAUGCGACGCGACUUGGAAGAGGCCACGCUGCAGCACGAGGCCACGGCGGCCACCUUGCGCAAGAAGCACGCGGAUUCCGUGGCGGAGCUGGGCGAGCAGAUCGACAACCUGCAGCGGGUGAAACAGAAGCUGGAGAAGGAGAAGAGCGAGCUGAAGCUAGAACUCGACGACGUGGCCUCCAAUAUGGAGCAGAUUCUGAAGGCCAAGGCAAAUUUGGAGAAGAUGUGCCGUACCAUCGAGGACCAGUCUACAGAUCACCGCGCCAAGUUGGAGGAGACUCAACGGAUCCUGAAUGACACAAACACCCAGCGAGCGAAACUGCUCACCGAAAAUGGAGAACUCGCCCGACAGCUUGAAGAGAAAGAGGCCCUUGUUUCCCAGCUGACCCGCGGGAAACAAUCCUACACGCAACAGAUGGAGGAUCUCAAGAGACAACUGGAAGAGGAGACCAAGGCCAAAAAUGCUCUAGCGCACGCUUUGCAGUCGUCCCGCCACGACUGCGACCUUCUGAGGGAACAGUAUGAGGAAGAGAUGGAGGCCAAAGCUGAGCUCCAGCGUGUCCUCUCCAAGGCCAACUCGGAGGUGGCCCAGUGGAGAACCAAGUAUGAAACGGACGCCAUCCAGAGAACGGAGGAGCUGGAGGACGCCAAGAAGAAGCUGGCCCAGCGGCUGCAGGAGGCGGAGGAAGCCGUGGAGGCGGUGAACGCCAAGUGUUCAUCGCUGGAAAAGACCAAACACCGCCUGCAGAACGAGAUUGAAGAUCUGAUGGUGGAUGUGGAGCGCUCGAACGCGGCUGCAGCUGCCCUGGACAAGAAGCAAAGGAACUUCGAUAAGAUCCUCUCCGAAUGGAAGCAGAAGAACGAAGAAUCUCAGGCAGAACUAGAGGCGUCCCAGAAAGAGUCCCGUUCCCUCAGCACCGAGCUCUUCAAGCUAAAGAACGCCUAUGAGGAGUCCCUGGAACUCCUGGAGACCUUAAGAAGAGAGAACAAGAACUUGCAAGAGGAGAUUUCGGAUCUCACCGAACAGCUGAGCCAAGGGGCCAAAAGUAUGCAUGAGCUGGAAAAAGUGAGGAAGCAGCUGGAGUCUGAAAAAGUGGACUUACAGGCCGCUCUGGAGGAGGCAGAGGCCUCUCUGGAACACGAGGAAGGCAAGAUCCUCCGAGCUCAGCUGGAGUUCAACCAGAUCAAGGCCGAAAUCGAACGCAAGCUGACCGAGAAGGAUGAGGAGAUGGAGCAGGCCAAGCGGAAUCACCUGAGGAUGGUGGAUUCGCUCCAAGCUUCUCUGGAUGCCGAGACCCGCAGCCGCAACGAGGCCCUGAGGAUCAAGAAGAAGAUGGAGGGCGACCUCAACGACAUGGAGAUCCAGCUCAGCCAAGCGAAUCGGGUGGCCGCUGAAGUUCAGAAGCACCUCAAGAUCGCUCAUGCCCACCUCAAGGACAAUCAGAUCCAGCUGGAUGAUGCCCUUCGAGCCAACGAGGACCUGAAGGAGAACAUCGCCAUCGUGGAACGGCGGAAUACGCUGCUGCAGGCUGAGCUGGAAGAGCUACGUAGUGUAUUGGAGCAGACAGAGCGUGGGCGGAAACUGGCAGAACAGGAACUGACGGAGGCCAGUGAGAGAGUCCAGCUCCUCCAUUCGCAGAACACCAGCCUCAUCAAUCAAAAGAAGAAGAUGGAGGUUGACCUGACCCAGCUUCAAUCAGAAGUGGAAGAAGCUGUGCAGGAGUGCAGGAACGCUGAGGAGAAGGCCAAGAAAGCUAUCACAGAUGCGGCCAUGAUGGCGGAGGAGCUGAAGAAGGAGCAGGACACCAGCGCCCACCUGGAGAGGAUGAAGAAGAACAUGGAGCAGACCAUCAAGGACCUCCAAAUGCGUCUGGACGAAGCGGAGCAGCUGGCCCUCAAGGGCGGCAAGAAGCAGCUUCAGAAACUGGAGGCCCGAGUGCGAGAGCUGGAGAACGAGCUGGAAGGGGAGCAGAAACGCAGCGCAGAGAACGUCAAAGGGAUGCGCAAGUUUGAGAGACGCGUCAAGGAGCUCACCUACCAGACCGAAGAGGACAAGAAAAAUCUGCUGAGACUUCAAGACCUGGUAGACAAAUUGCAGACCAAAGUGAAGGCUUACAAGAGACAAGCUGAAGAAGCGGAGGAGCAGGCGAACACCAACCUGGCCAAAUUCCGGAAGGUCCAGCAUGAGUUGGACGAAGCCGAGGAGAGGGCGGACAUCGCAGAGUCCCAGAUCAACAAGCUGAAGGCCAAAAGUCGUGACGUGGGAGGAAAGGUGAGUUCUUAUUUUGGGAGCUCAGAAGGGGAACGACAGGACUGGCAAAUGCUUGAAAACAGGCUCUUUCUGGGCCUUAUUUGGGUUUUGACAAACUUCUCGAUGAAGAGUGAGGAUGCCAGGAAAAACUCAUUUUAG